UCAUAGUUCCGGACUGUACCUGACUACAGUUUCUGGAAGCCUAUGGAACCAAACACGAUGGGGCCACAACCGACCAUGCCCGAGGCAGAUGAGGAGUACAGGACAUCGCCCGACCGAGUACUGAGAGAUCUGAAGGAACGAAUUAGGCAGGGAACACCGCUGAGAUGGUCUGAUCAAACCAAUGACAGAGAGUCCGACGUAAUGGGCGAGCCGGUCAUGACAGAGCCGCAGGAGGGUCUGAAGACUGGGUCCUCGAGCGUUCGACGAGAAGCGACAACACGACGCUCCCCUGAGUAUAAACGGAGGGAAACCCGAGCGGAUAGGCGCAGGGACGACUGGAGAGAGAAUCCGCGAGAUUCCUAUUGGAGGGACAGAGACAGGGAUAGAGCACCACCCCGACGUGUCUUCGACUCCCAGAUGGGGGAGUCACAUCCGCUCCCUUACGAGAGCAAGGAUCGCUAUAUUAUUACGCACAAGGUCUCUAAGCCUCCUACUUUCAAAGGUUAUGGCAUCACAGAAUAUCUGGAGAAGUGGGAGCUUCAUGCAAGCCGGAGUCAGUGGUCGGAGGAGGAAAUUGUGGAAAACUUCCUAUUUAAUGUAGAUCCAAGCCUCGGCAAGGAGGUUAAGGAAGCCCGACCGAAGGAUGGGAGGUGGAUCACGUAUAAGAAGAACCUCGCUGAACUUUACAAGUUGGAGGAUAACAAGUACUCCAUCAAGGACCUUGAAACUAUGACUCAAGAUGAAGAUGAGAGCGUACGGGCAUUUGGGAAGCGUUUCCAAAAGAUUUCUGACGUGCUGAUGAAGAAGGGGAAGAUCUCAGAGGUCGAGCGUUGUACUAUCUUCAUUGGACACCUGUCCAAAGGCAGACAAAAGAGUGUACUCAGAGAUCUCCCUCGCGACAAGCUUGACUUCCCUGGAGUCCUAAAGCUCGCAAUAAAGGCAGAGACAGAUGACUAUAAGGACUUGGUAUGGAGAGGAAUGAGAAGGCGUGAUUUCUCUCUCUAUAAGGAGUAUGCUACUGAUAGAUGUCCCGAUUUCAAGGACUAUACCUGGACGAAAAAGCAUGAAGCCGUGACUGAGGAAGUGAAGGAGAUAAGGGACAUGGUAAAGGGAUUUACAAGACAGGUUACAGAGAUUGUGACCACCACAGGAGCCACGACUUACCGGAACAAACCCGGAGAGUCCUAUUCACUUCGCUGGGACCGGAGGAACACUGAUUCCUGGAGGAGUGUCGAGGAUAAAAAUUCUCGAACGCUGACUGAUUAUCGUACGAGAGAAAGAGAGAGAGACGAUGAGCCAUGGCGGCAUAGGGAUGAUGAUAUAGACCGGGACCGAAGGGCUCGCGAGACGUAUGGGCGAGCUAGGAGACUGGAUGAUUACUCACGCAGCCCUCGAUACGAGGCUGAUGGGGGUAGGAGCGAACCAAGAGGUCGAUGGGAGUCGGACCGGGAGCGACGAGAUGGAUACAGGGACGACGGAUACGAGAGGACAGACCGAGAUGGAUACAGGAGCAGCAGAUAUGACAGAGGAGAUCGAGACGGAGACCGACGAGAUGACUCGCGCGGCUGGUAUGACCGNGAUCGAGACGGAGACCGACGAGAUGACUCGCGCGGCUGGUAUGACCGCGGGGGAUUCCCGAGAGAACAGCGCGACGACUCGCGGGGGUGGUACAAUCGAGGAGAUCGACGCGAUGAGUCACGCGGCGAUACGACUCUGGAGACCGCUGAAACGAUUCACGAGGACGAUAUGGGCAAGGAGGACCUGGAGGAGACCGCCGCAAUGAUUCGUGCGGCCGGAAUGAGAGAGGGGGAUACCGGGACCGAAGGGCUCGCGAGACGUAUGUGCGAGCUAGGAGACUGGAUGAUUACUCACGCAGCCCUCGAUAUGAGGCUGAUGGGGGUAAGAGCGAACCACGAGGUCGAUGGGAGUCGGACCGGGACCAACGAGACGGAUACAAGGACGACAGAUAUGAGAGGACAGACCGAGAUGGAUACAGGAGCAGCAGAUAUGACAGAGGAGAUCGAGACGGAGACCGACGAGAUGACUCGCGCGGCUGGUAUGACCGCGGGGGAUUCCCGAGAGAACAGCGCGACGACUCGCGGGGGUGGUACAACCGAGGAGAUCGACGCGAUGAGUCACGCAGGCGAUACGACUCUAGAGACCGCUGAAACGAUUCACGAGGACGAUAUGGGCAAGGAGGACCUGGAGGAAACCGCCGCAAUAAUUCGGGAUGAUCAUAUCAAGAGAGACUGCCCGGAUCUCAAACGGGCAAUAGAUGAGGGACUUGUCGUGCUUGAUAACUGCAAGUACGUCAAGUGGGCUAAUGACCUGGGAGACGUAUCGAUGUUCCCUUCGAUGAAGGAGAAUGUAGAGGCAAGGAGGGUAAAGCCGAGUAAAGGGAAGGACCCGGUUAGGAGCCAGAGCAUCAAGAUAACCUUCGAAGGAGAUAUGGCGACCACACCUAUAAGGGUGGCAGCUACCAAGUCGACGAGAGGGUCUACAUCUAAGAAGACUGACACGUAUUACGUAAUGGCGGAGAAUGACGGACAGCGGAUCGAUGGAGAGGAGGUUAUUCUUUCGCCGCGAAAGGGGGGAGUGAAGAAGUUCUUGAUGAAGAGUUCGCUGGAUGAGAUUGACACGGUCGAGCCACUGAGAUGGGCUCUUCGGCAGCCCAUACAGUGCUCUAUUCUGGAAUAUCUGGCAGCAUCCAAGCCAGCUCGCGAUGAGUUACAGAUGAUCACACGGAAGACUCGCAUACCUCUCUCAGAGGAGGUUCAAAUGGCCCCUAAGGCAGAUGCUCCUACUGUAGCAGUAUCGGAGGUGACCGCCAGAGCAGAUCGCAUGGCAACAGUCCUUCUUGAUGGGAUGGAAGGUGUACCUCUAGAUAAGUAUUACAUACUUGGAAGUGGGACCGUGGAGGCGAUCUUAAACGACAAAGCGGUCCUAGAUGAUGUGAUCGACAACGACAGUGAAGCUGUCAUUAUAGACGAGGAUCUGGCAGAGCAAGUUGGACUGGGACUCGAUAGGUCAUACUUAUUCGAGAUAGAGACGGCUGAUGGGAGAAAGCAACAGAUCACAGAAGUUUGUCACAAGGCAGCCAUAGAAGUCCAAGGGGUACGAGUGAUCCUACCAGUCUUUGCAGUCAAGAAUUGCAGCUCAAACCUACUCUUAGGACGGACGUGGUUGAGCCAUGUGCAUGCGGUGACUAUAGAGCGACCGGACGGUAGCCAGACAUUGUCCAUUAAGAAGCUAGAUGGGACACGGGUAAUGAUUGAAACGGUGGAGCCUCGAGACCCGAGGAACAGGGCAGCUCUCGCUGUAGAAGCAGGACCCAGUGAUCGUAUUAAGUCAUUACCUAUCUCCGGCCGCGCGGUGCGAUUUCGCGAGAAGAAGUAUGGACCUCUGCUCUCAGAAGAAGAAGGCCGGAUUGUAGAAGUGGAAGAUUUAGGGAUGCAAUUCCUCAAGGAAGAAUUUAAAGAAGGGGGCAAAAUUCUAGGUGUGUCAUUCUUUGAGGACGAGACGGACCGACCGUUCAUAGUAUCUACGGACGCCGGACCGUGUUCGGUUGGGGGAUUGCUUUCUCAAAAGGAUGCUGAUGGCAAGGAAAGGCCAUUGAGGUUCGAAAGCCGAACACUCAACACUGCAGAGAGUAACUACAGUCAGUUUAAAAAGGAAGUGUUGGCUGUUCUACGGUGCUUAGAUACCUUUAGGCAUUACAUAUACGGGAGACGAUUCAUUCUUAGGGUAGACCCUACAACUGUAGCUUCAGUCCUACAAAAGGAUUUCAGUUUGACGGAUCCUACGAUCGCACGAUCGGUGAUCAGAAUUCGACUUUAUGAUUAUACUGUAGAGAGGAUUUCAGAGGCGAAGAACACUGUAGCUGAUGGACUUUCGCGAAUUCCCAUCGAGGCAGAGCGGCUGAUAUCGGUUGCUGCCCUGACUAUGGCCGAGCCUAGACGAACGGAUCGCUUCCUAGUUAAUCUUUAUGGAGGUAAGUACCGCGCUAUAGGACUGCAUUUAUCAGGAGAAGAAAACUCUGAUUUGGACAUUCGAGGACAGGCGACACAGUACUGCCUUAGUGCUGGGCAUUUGUUUCAUCGACCUGUGGGAGCAGGGAUGCCUCUUCGGGUGAAUUGUGACCCAGAGGAGAAACAGUUCAUAGUAGCCGAGUUACAUGACGAUAUAGUCGGAGGACAUAGAGGAGUAAAGGGGACAUACGAGAAGGUUCACAGACUAUAUUGGUGGGAAGGACAGUACAAGGACGUUGAAAAAUACUGCGAAACUUGUGAGGACUGCCAGAAGAGGUCCCUUAUCAGAUAUAAGGAGUCGCUUCACCCUUCAUACCCUACUAGACCAGGAGAGAAAGUCCAUAUUGAUCUGGUGAAGAUGCCGAAGGGUGUAGGGAACAUGAACUAUGUAGUGAACAUCAGGGAUGAUUUCACUGGUUUCGUCGAUGGUAAGCCUAUCAGAACGAAGGCCGCGAGAGAAGUCAAAAACUUCGUCUUGGAAUAUCUGUCUAGAUACGGGUGUGUCAGUAAGAUCGUGAUGGAUAGAGGAGCAGAGUUCCUAGCAGAUGAGGUACAGAGUGUAUUCAAGAAAGCAGGAGCUAGAGUGUCUAUAGCUACUGCUUAUCACCCUCAGUCCAAUGCGCCUGUAGAGCGGGGUCACCAGUCAUUGAUAGCGUCACUUUCCAAGUGGUGCAGAGGAAAGGAUAGUGACUGACCGAAGUAUUUCAGGUAUGCGAUAUGGGCCGACAAUGUCACAGUCCGAGCUAGUACGGGCUACCCUCCUUAUACCCUAUGGUUUGGAAGGCACUGUCCUCUGCCCAUAGAGUUUCACGCUGACAGUUGGACUACGGUUAACUGGACAGAUAACAUGACACGAGAGGAAUUACUGGCAGCCAGGACUUGACAGAUAGCUUACGGACUGGAAAACAAUCUCAUGACCGCUGCUGAUCGACUAGCAGUGGAAAGAGAGAAAAGCAAAGUGAGAUGGGAUAAAGACUUCAGAAUCAG